AUCAGCUGAUGCAUGCCUUAUGACUUUGAAUAAGUAAUCGAUGAAUUGUGUAUGGUAUAAUAAGUUAAUCGAAAAAAUAAUCGAACGAUAUUAUAUCUUUAUUUAAUUACUUUAGUUGUAAGAAAUUAAUAGAUACGAAAGAUUAUAACAAAAGACAAGUGUAUCUUGGAUAUAAAAAGAAACGAAACAGCAAGUAUAUUAUAGCUAUGUUCGGUCGUAUAUUUGGAUCAAAUUUUCGUAAGAUUUCUUUAUUGUCACGAGUAUGGAAUGGACCUAAUGGUGCACUUGCUGGCAAACAGGCAGAACAAAAAAUGAUUUCCUUAUUACGAAACAAGUUUCCUAAAGCUCAACUUAUAGAAGUAACUGACGUUUCUGGUGGUUGCGGUGCUAUGUUUGAAAUCAAUGUUAUCGCACCGGAAUUCAAAGGUUUAAACACGGUUAAACAGCAUCGCUUGAUAAAUGAGGUACUUAAAGAAGAAAUCAAAGAUAUGCAUGGUAUACGAAUAUAUACCAGAAUACCAGACACAUAGGAGGAAAUUAAUUAUAAUAGAUUUUGAGAAUUUUUAAACGCAACAUUUAUUGAUCUUUAUGUUUGUUCUUAAAUUUUAUAAUACUUUUUGAAAAUUUUACUCGAAUACAUGUGUAUUAAUCGAUAUAAAUUAUUAUUUUCUUUUUCAAAAAAGAAAAAGAGAAAAGUAAAGAAAAAAAAACGACAGACAACGUAAUAAACAUUUGUAAUUGUUUUCUUUAUUUUCUAAUAGUGAAUUUGUGAUUAGCCGAGUUAAAUUU